AUGGAUGAGCUGGUCAAGAAGGUAUCUUCUCGUCUCGGAACAUCUGCUGAGGAAACAUCAGGCAUGAUUGCACAGGCACUGAGCAGCAGUAUGCACCAAGAGCAGCUGCUUGAGCUGCUUGGAUACGAAAUGAUCGACGAAGUUAUAGCGAUAUGUGCAAACAAGCAGUACUUCAUGCCUCAGGAAAGUGUAUCAGAAACCCAGCACUAUGUAGAAUAUGUGUUUCCAGAGCCUGUGGCCACGGAUGUGUGCAGCUCGGAGCUGGUUGAGGUGGAUGCAGUUGGUGAUGAUGGAAAGUAUUUUGAAUACAGAAUGUUUAAUGCUGUGCAAUCAAAAGUGUUCCGUGCUGCAUAUCAAACAGAUGGAAACCUGCUUGUGUGUGCACCGACGAGCUCUGGGAAAACGGACAUUGCACUGAUGGCUGUGCUAAGGGCGUUGGCGAAGGGGCACAAGGUUGCAUAUGUUGUGCCUAUGAGAGCACUUGCAACAGAAGUUGCUUGCAAGUACAGAAGGAUGUUUGGAGGAUCCAAGGUUCUUGAGUACACAGGAGACACAGAUGCAGAUACAAAGGAUGUGCUGAAGAGCGAUGUGAUUGUCUGUACGCCUGAGAAGCUUGAUGUUGCAACAAGAAAGCUACACAAUGUAUUUUGUGAAACAAUUGGCCUUCUUGUCAUUGAUGAGGUGCAUAUUCUUCAGGACGACCGAGGGCCUGUUGUGGAGGCUGUAGUGUGCAGAAUAAUGAGAUACAUCGAGUCAGUGCAGCGACACAUACGAAUUGUUGGGCUUUCAGCAACGCUUCCAAACUACAUGGACGUGGCGAUUUUUCUGAAGGCUGAGCAUGUGUUUGCAUUUGGACAGGAGUACCGACCUGUUCCGUUGAGGAUGUCGAUUGUUGGAAUGAAGAAGGGCAGUAAGGAAAGCGAGGAGCAGGAGUUUCUCAAGAAAAAAGUGCAGGGAUACCUGAAUGAGGGGAAACAAGUGCUGGUGUUUGUGAAUGCAAGAGGCGAGACAGUCAAGACUGCAAAGCUUCUGAUGGAUUUGUGUGCAGGUGCCUGUGCCAAAGGCCAUGCUUUGUCUGGGAUCAUGCUCAGCCUGAUAAAAGGAGGAGUUGGCAUUCAUCAUGCAGGGCUUCCCCGACGGAUCAGGCUGUACAUGGAGGAAGCGUUCCGUCGCAAGGAGAUUGGGGUGCUGGUGACAACAUCGACGCUUGCAUGGGGAGUGAAUCUACCUGCAUAUGCAGUGAUUGUCAAGGGAACAAGGUUUUAUGACGGAGUGAUGGGAAGGUUUGCUGACCUUGGGAUUCUGGAUAUUCUGCAGAUAUUUGGAAGGGCAGGGCGGCCUCAGUUUGGAAGCAAAGGAGAGGCAUGCCUGAUAACGACUGCAAGGAUGCUUGACCAUUAUGUUUCGUUGAUGAAGAACAACACAAAUAUUGAGAGCCGGCUUCUUAGGCAUGCAGCAGACACAAUCAAUGCUGAGAUACAUCUCGGCGCGAUAUGUAGCAUUUCAGCAGGCGUUGAGUGGCUGAAAAACACAUUUAUGUAUGUACGGAUGUUCAAGAAUCCAAUGCUGUAUGACCUGAGCAUGGAUGAUCUUGCGAAUGAAGAUGAUGUGCUUGCCCGCUACAUGGUAUUGGCAUGCAACAGACUAGAGGGUGCGGGAUUGAUAAGGAUAUGCAAGCAGUCUGAUGAUUAUAUGGAAUGGCGGCUCUGUGGCUCAGAGUAUGGGAGGAUUGCAAGCGUGUAUUAUCUGUGCCAUGAAACAAUGGAGAGAUGGCAAGAGGCGAUUGCAGAUGUGAGUGGUGCCGAUUCGAUCCUUGGUGUGUGCUUCAUGGCCAAGGAGUUUUGCACAUUGCGAUGCCGAGAGGAUGAUGAGGAGUGUAUACAAGAACUUUGCGAGGAGAUGGGCUUGAGGUAUGAGAUGUGUGUUGAGUGCAAGCUGAAUGUUCUUGUGAGAGCGUAUAUGAAAGGGCGUGGUAUAAGCAGGUUUUCAUUGGUGUGCGACACGGAGUAUGUAAUCAAGAACCUGAAGAGGGUUUUGACAGCAUUUGGACAUGUGCUAGUGCUUGAGAAGAUGCAUGCAAUGGCGAUGGAAUGCUGCAUGCUGCAGAAAAGGAUAGAACGACAGAAGCAGAUGCCUUGGAAUGGUAGCAAUGUGAUUGUGGACCUGACGAAAGUCAAGGAGAUGCUGAGGAUGAAGAUUGGCGUUGAGAUGAAAGCAUGGUGCUGGGUUUUUGUGUGGAAUGAGGAGAAAGUGAUCCACUCGGAGAUGUUUGAGCAGAGGACAGAGUCGUACAUAAGAUCAAACGCCAAGAAUGUCAAGAUUCAGGUAAUUUGCAGAGAUGAGUGGAAGGGGUAUGAGAAGGAGUGUGUGGUGAAGGUAGAUAGCAGUGCUAAAGCGCUGUAUGAAACAGGUGUACAUGAGUGUGAGACACCAUGGUCCAUAGUACAGAGGAAGCAGUGCUGCCAGCAUUUUGAUGCGGUAGAAAGCCUUGCUGAGCUUGAAGAAUAUGUCUGCAGAUGGAUGCAUGGAAGUCUUAGCAGAGCGAGCAAUGGGAAUGGAAACCAACAAGAUGUACAGAAGAGUGGAACAGAAAGCUGCGUUGUUUUUACAGAUAAGAAGAUUGUGAUGAGAAAUCGGGAGGAAUGCAUGGUUGAAGGCUGCAGCAUGUGUUAUAACGGAAAGCUGAGCUAUGCUCCUGGAGUGGCAUUGUCGUAUCUAAGGCCGGAUGUGCCGCAUGGAAUGAAUAUGUGCAUUUUCUUUGAUUUUGAGAUAAACAUAAAGCUGAUUCAGAUGGACUGUGAGGUGUUCAGAGAGAGGCUGAAGCUGAUUAGCGCCAGUAUUUUCUCGAUGGUUGAUCUUGGAGCAGAGCAGGUUGUGAUUAUUGCGCCUGAUGAGAAUGAUGCAAGGCAUACGAUGCAGGACCUUAACACAAGGAUGAUACUGAGCGACAUGCAGUUUGAGGGAGAUGGCCGAGUGAAACGGGGCGUUCCAAGAUCUAGGCAGCGUGGUGUGUAUGUGGCUACGUUUGAUGAAGCAGCGACGAUUCGUGGGCAUCCUGUUGUUGUUCUGAAAGGAUGCAGCGGUAUUCACGGAUACUUUCCUGUGUACGAAGUGCUGAGGAUUUGCAAUCGAAGGAAGGUAUAUGUGUAUGAAAGACGCAAUUACAUUGAGUACUUGAAUUCUUGUGUGCUAGUAGAUGGCUGA